GUCUGAGUAAAUCCUUGAAUAAGAAAAAAACCACACAUUGAACAUUAAACGAACCAUCGGGGGAAAUCCGUUAGUACAUCAGUGAGGCGAGACGAUCAGUAUUCGCGAUGAUUAAUCGAAAGGAAUAGUGUGUUGUUUGAAUAGUGACGUGUUAUGCUUGUCCUAGUGAAAUUAUCAAGUGGUUGAAUCGUGAAAAAUUUGCGAUGGCCUCAACAUCAUCGCCACCGCCCAAAUGUACUUGUCAACUGGGUGACGAUGAGGACAAUGUCAGGCCUAGAAGUACAGCUGUUAAGAAUUAUCGACCACACGGAAGUCUUGCUCGUCUACUCUGGGAAAAACAACGAGCGGACGAGCGACUGCAGGAGUACGACAAAACUCGGUGGUAUACGAUUGAUAAGAGUAAAAUUCGCGAGGAUAUUCUGGGACUGUGGGUGCCACUAGGGGCGGGACCACAUCAUGAUCAGCCAGAUCGUACAGCCGAGGAGUUCCUUAUUCGAUCUACUGACAGAUCAGACUCGCUUCCACUUCAGGCAUGGCACUCGUUAGCCCGAUCAGCACUAUCCUGGUUCAUCAGCAGAACAUCGAUAAAUGGAUUACUAGGACGUGGCUCUAUGCACGUUUUCUCGUCGGAGCAGUUUCAACGUCUCUUAGACGCCAGUGGCUUCUCGGGACCCUGGCAUUCCUUGAUUGAUCUCGGCGCUGGGGAUGGUGCGACAACGGCGCAUGUUGCACAAUUGUUUGACAGAGUUUAUGCCACUGACAUAUCCGCCCCGAUGAGGUGGGCUCUUGCCAAAAGAAAAUUUACUGUUCUCGACGUCGAUAAAUGGGACAGCACUGCUCCCUUCAACGUUAUUCUCUGUUUGAACCUUCUGGAUCGUUGCGAUCGUCCAAGUACUCUGCUGAGACAGCUGAGAGCAGCCCUCGCUCCGGGGGGUAGACUUGUGAUAGCACUAGUACUUCCCUUCAGCCCAUACGUGGAGGUUGGUGAGCGUGGUGAUCACAAACCAUCUGAGUAUCUACCAAUCAAGGGUACUGGCCUGGAGGGACAAAUAGCUGGCCUAGUUGACCGGGUUUUUGGCCCUGUUGGCCUGAGAUGCUUGGCUUGGAGCAAAUUGCCGUAUUUGUGCGAGGGGGAUAUGGGUCAGGCGUAUUAUUUUCUCGAUGAUGUUGUAUUUGUCCUGGAGAGUCAUGAGGAGGAGACAUGUAAAAAUGGUCUGCGAAGGGAGGCAGAGCUUCAACCGACACCAUAUUAAAUCAAUGGAAUUGAGAGUAAAUGGAAAAGCUGGACACAGGAAUAUGCGGAGGUGGAAGAAAGCUUCUCAAAGACUGCACCAAUUGAAUUGUGUCCACCAAUGCUAGAUGAACGAUAAAGGCAUUUUCAACCGAUCUUGAUAUAUUUUAAAAAAUAUAUGAAUAUCUACGGGUAAGAUUAGCACUGAACUAUUGUCGUCCAAGGUCAACAAAGUUAAUUAAUUAAAUUUCUAUGUCUCUCAACGAGAAAAUACCGUUAUGUACUUAUUUAACGCAACACGUCUAAAUUUGAUAAUUAACCUUUUAUGUUAAAGAAUAAUUUCAUUAACAGACUGAUUUAUAUCAAGAUAUAUAUGUAUACAAAAGCCUUUGUGUCAAUUUUUAAAUGAAAACCGUGUAUUCACGUAUAUGUUUUGCGUAAUAUUGAGUCAUAUUGACCUAUUUAAAAAAUGUUGAAAAAAAAUAUAUAUGUAUAUCGCUAAUGAUAUCAAUAGGAGUAAAAGGAAAA